AUCACAACUCUUAUCAAAUUGUUCUAUGUUAAGAGUGGUAAAAAUUAAAAAACUAUACACACCUUUCAUUAGAAAUAUAUUUUAUAGCUACUGCUAUAUCAAUCUAAUCGUCUUUUGGUGGGUAGAUAAGCAAAUUAUGUAUAAAGAAGAUAUAUAUUGAUAGGUGGUUUUUUAAGUGUACAAUCACGCGAUAUGUGGUAGCAUGGCUAGUUAGUGGGUGUGUUUUUGGUAAAAGGAAAGUAUCUGUGGUUAUCAAGGCAUGCUUAGCCCCUUUUCAAAAGACACAACGAAAAUUGUUCGAUACGACAUAAACAGUAUUCCCCAGCAAGGAAGUCGCCGAUUUGUUAAAUUUAAAUAUAUUUAUUCGAUCCUUGAUAUUACAUAAAAAUUUUAGAUUUGGUUUGUUGCAACGUAAAUAAAGAUGGCGGUGACUAAUAACAACGAGAAAAAAGGCGGUUGUGUGAACAACAUCAACGAAAAAGAGAAGAAAGUGUCGAUAGCUAGCAAUACCAUCAUCCACGAGAGACCAGAGAUUCGGAUAAGUGUCGCAUUGAGUCAGAAGAGUUCGCUGAGUCAUAAGAAUUCAUUUGGUCGUAAAGGAUCCUUGGCAGAUGUGUAUUCGAAGAAGAGUUCGUUAGGUGAUAUAUACUCUAUAACUGGAGGAGCUCCAGUAAUCCGAGACUUAGCCAGACAGUCUAUAGUUUCCAUACAAAGCGAAAAACAAAAAUUAGAAGAAGAGAAGUGGUACCAGAUUUUAUUACAAGUGGGCGUACCGUUUUUUAUUGCCGGAAUCGGUACCAUCGGAGCUGGUAUCGUCUUAGAUCAAGUUAAGAGGUACAACGUAUUCAAAGAAAUCAAAGCAUUAUUCGUACUUAUUCCCGCGUUACUUGGCCUAAAGGGAAACCUGGAUAUGUGCCUCGCUUCCAGACUGUCAACACAAACUCAUUUGGGAAAUAUGGAAGACAGAAAGAACAUGUUCAAGAUCGUCUCGGGAAAUAUUUUGUUGGUACAGGUUCAAGCGAUUGUGGCUUCCACUAUAGUUUCAGUAUUCGCAGUAGGUGCUUCGGCUCUUGUCAACGGACAUUUCGAGUGGAUGCACACGCUACUUUUGGCCACUGCGAGCACCCUCACUGCUACUAUGUCCUGUUUUAUUUUAGAUUUAGUGCUUGUGACAAUAAUAACAGUAUCGAGGAAAUUCAAACUGAACCCCGAUAAUAUAGCAACGCCGAUGGCUGCCAGUAUUGGAGACGUAGUUUCUUUGACGACCUUAUCAGUUUGGGCCAGGUUCCUAUUCAGUAUUCAUGAUACGCAUUCUUGGGUUAUGAUGGUGAUUCUGGCUUUCUACAUCGUGAUUCUUCUUCCCGCUUGGGUGUACAUCGUCCGAAAGAACGAAUACACCAAAGAGGUCCUAUCUCACGGUUGGCUUCCUGUUAUUUCAGCUCUCUUCAUUAGCGGGUCUGGAGGACUUAUUUUGGACCUUGCCGUCGACAAAUUCAAAGGCUACACAGUAUUCCAACCGAUAAUCAACGGUUUGGGUGGAAAUCUAGUCUCUGUGCAAGCUAGUCGAAUAUCUACCAUGUUGCACAAGACUUCGUUCGAAGGAGUCAUUCCGCUACACACCAAACAGUGGGUCACUCCGUUCCAAGCACUUAUUCGUGGAGUACUACCCGCAAAAUCCGCCAGACUGCUGCUCGUGAUCUCCGUACCAGGCCACAUAGUCUUCGUCUACUUAGCCGACUUAAUCAACAGUAAAGGGGUCUCCAACAUCAACCCCUAUUUCCUAGCCACCUACGUCACUGUGGCAAUGCUUCAAAUCGUUUUACUGCUUUAUUUGUGUCAUUUACUCGUCCACACCAUGUGGAGGCUGAGGAUAGAUCCAGACAACUCAUCCAUACCGUAUCUAACAGCUCUUGGUGAUCUGUUGGGUUCGACCUUUCUCCUAGUCGGAUUCUUCGUUUUGAGAGCUAUUGGAGAGGAAUACACGCCUUCAGCACACACUUGAAGUAUGAUGUAGCUGAGGUUGGAAAUGGAGAGAGUACAAGAUGACGGAAAUGUACUGUGAGAUCACAUCGACAAACGGCACAUAUUAUCAGAACAUAUGCUUGGAUAAAAAGAAGUACCAUACGAAAGAGAAGAUUGAUAAGUAGAACUGAAUUUACGAAAACCUGUGAAAAGGUUGUUGUAGAUUCCCAGCAAAUAGACUAGAGUAGAAUAUGUAAAGCGUCACGUAACUUUAUGACCAUGUUAGGGACUUUACUUUCUAAAUUGGAAAAAAAAAUUAAAUAUUUUUAAAGAAAAAUCUAACAUAUUUAUGGUUA